AUAUAUCCCUGAGAUACGCGCAAAAAUGAUUCGUCAUUUUCUGUCUAGCGAGACAGAUAUAAAUCGAGCGUGUAGCUACGAGAUAACGCAUUAUCAGUCAGAGCCAGCGAGAUGAAGCGAGUUGUGAUAUUCGGUGCUACCGGGAACACCGGUCUAUGCUCCCUAAGAUCAGCUGUGGAAAAUGGUCUGGAUGUAAGAGCUUUUGUAAGGGAUGAAGCCAAAGUUCCUGAAGAUCUUAAAAGUAAAAUUGAAUCAGUUGUUGGAGAUGUCACCAAUGCAGAGCAAGUUUCAAAAGUGGUAGCUGAUAGAGAUGCUGUUGUUGUGGUCUUGGGAACCAGGAAUGACUUGAGUCCUACUACUGUAUUAUCUCAAGGCUUGAAGAAUAUAAUAGAUGCCAUGAAAGCGCACAAUAUUAAAUUAGUUUCUGUGUGCCUGUCUGCAUUUCUAUUCUAUAAACCCGAAGCAGUGCCUGCUAUAUUUAAGGACUUGAAUGCAGAUCAUCAGCGCAUGUUUGACAUGAUCAAGGCUACUGACCUAAAGUGGGUAGCGAUAUUACCGCCACAUAUAGCAGACACUCCAAAAUCAAAGUAUACCGUCACAUUUGAUUCUUCGCCUGGACGAGCAAUUUCUAAACACGAUUUAGGUGCGUUUCUCGUCGAGUGUCUCACGGAUCCUAAGUAUUACAAAAAAGUUUGCGGCAUCGCCACCACUUCAUGAUAGGAGAUGAAAUGCGGGGGACUUAAAUAAUGAAAUGCAUGCAAUUUGUUUUUCUAGUGGAAAAAUAUAUUAUAUAUGUAUAUAUAUGUAAAUAUAUAUGUAAAUAUAUAUAUAUCUAUAUAUAUUUUUGUACAACUGAUACGAUUUGCAUGAAUUGGAUGGAAGAAAGCGUAUUUGUAUUAUUUUGUCGCAAGAAGUCAACAAUAAAAAAAAAAGAGAACAUAUUUUAAAUAAUCUGACUCGUGAAAUAUAUUGUACUAAAACAUUAAGAAUAAAUAUUCUAUCUACCU